AUGAAAAAAACUUAGGGAAAUGGCUUUAGAGUGACUAAUAGCUCAUCAAAAAUAAAAAAGGCAGGAGAGAUAUUAGCAUCCUUAUAGAAUAGUAUCAAGUGUAAGUCUUAUACUCCGUAACACAGAACAAUAAAAUAAAUGACUCACUAUCCUUUAAGGACUUAAGUUAAUUAAAAUACAAAUCCUCUUGUUUAAGCUCGAAAUGUAUUUAAUCGUUAGACCAGUAUAAAUUGUUAAUAAAGACCUUCAUUAUUAUCAGUGAUUACUUCAGAGAGUAACGUAAGUGCUGAUGAGGAAUAUGAAAUUUGGGAUAAUAAUUAAGAUUUGCGAAUAAAGAAAAUGACAAUGGAAGAAUCUAAACCUUCUGUUGGAUAAUUUUUAUAAUUAUACAAAGCGAGAUUUGGGUAUGAUAUAUAGAAAAUAAAAGAGGUUUCCCAGGACAAUAAUAAUCAAUAAAAAAUGAAGAAGUAAUCAAAGUCGCUGUUGGAUACGCUUCAAGUAAUAAAUAACUUUUUAAAAAAUACUUCCCUAAGAAAUAAAUAGUAUUUGAAGAUGACAUAGAUUAUUCACAACCAUAUAAUAUAGAGGAUGAUCAUCAUUUUUAGAGUUUCAAUAGUUUUUUUUAAAAUAAGAAGUCCAAUACAAUUCUUAAAAUUAAUUCCUCACGUAUUUGA